CCAAGGCCGAGUCACGUGACUCGUGUUUCUUAUUUUUUCGGUUGUUUGUAGUGUAGCAGGCGGCGGGACGAAGUGAUCCAGAACCGGAAGUUGGAAAAUGUGAGAAAACAUCCAAACGAAAGCACAAUUAAUUAAUCCCAGGUUAAGUCAUGGAUAGUUUGAUUGUGUAGGGAGUGAGGUUAUGUGAUCGACGUAAACAUCCGUCUUGUUUUUUCUGUGUGUUUGGACGUUAAGAGGUGUUUGUUGCAAUUUGGUUAAUUGUUGUGCAAUAACCAUUGACUUUGAAAGACAAGAUGGAAGAGUGCCAAAAAACCAUUGACUUAACAAUUCGGAGAGCACGGUUAUGUAACAAAUGGCGGCGGCGGCGCGCUCUAGAUUGGAUGAAUCAUUGCUAACGUUUGAUAAAAUUUUAGUUAUUUUACGCAAAAAUGAUUGAAGAACAAGAACUUUCGCCCAUAAUUCAUCAAGACAUCUAUGAAAUUAUGCGAGACGAAGUGGGAAUGGAUUCGUUGGUUAUGAUGAGCGAUACUGGUGGCAUUAUGGAUUCAAUGAACAUGAUGAAUGCCGACGAAUCUACUCUCAGUUUGGAAGACUUCAAAUUCAACAUCAACCAAAGCUCGUACCUCUCAGCCCCCAUUUUCCCCCCCAGCGAGCCGCUCGAGCUGUGCAACACCGAGUACCCCGGCCCCCUCAACUUUGAGGUGUUUGUGGACCCCAACGUGCUCAAAAACCCCUGGGAAUACUCCCCAAUUCUCAACAAAAUUUACAUCGAUAUGAAGCACAAAUUCCCGAUUAAUUUCAGCGUGAAGAAGGCCGAUCCUGAGCGCAGGCUUUUUGUCAGAGUUAUGCCGAUGUUUGAGGAAGACAGAUAUGUGCAAGAAUUGGUGCAUAGGUGCAUCUGUCACGAACAAUUGACAGAUCCGACCAAUCACAACGUUUCGGAAAUGGUGGCUCAGCACAUCAUUCGGUGUGAUAACAACAAUGCUCAGUAUUUCGGGGAUAAGAACGCUGGGAAGAGACUGAGUAUUGUUAUUCCCUUGGGGGCGCCGCAGGCGGGCACUGACAGUGUUAAGGAGUUUUUCCAUUUUGUGUGCAAGAAUUCCUGCGUUGGGGGCAUGAACAGGAGGCCUAUUCAGGUUAUUUUCAUGCUGGAGGAUGAAUGUGGUAAGGUUCUGGGUCGCCGCGUCCUGUGCGUCCGCAUUUGUUCCUGCCCGAAACGCGACCGCGAAAAAGAAGAAAAGAAGAAUGAGCCUCAUCAUUCGAGCAAAAAACGAAAAAUUGAGAAGAAAUUUACACCACCCUCGUCUGAAGCAAGCGAUACUCGGGUGUUUUCUCUAAAUGUCGUAGGCGAGGAAAACUACAAAAUAUUGUUGAAAGUUUGCAAGUCGUUGAUGUCAGACGAGAUAAUCAAGCUGGAAGAAAAAAAUGGCAACGCUGCGCCAUUUAAAAAAUGCCGCAAUGACGUCAUGAAUACGUUGCAACAAUUGAAUGAGUGAUUUUUAGGAUAUAUACACUUUUUCUCAUAAUCGUUUAUACUUAAUUUUAUUGUUUGUUUUGGAAUUUAUACAUUCCGAAAUAAUUGUUCUUUUAUAUUUUGGGUAAAUCCUCUCAGGAUGUACUUUUUGGUUGCAAUUAUGCAUUCCUUGCAAUUUAGUGAAGUAGGAUUUUAUUGUGAUCGAGUGGGCGAGUGACAUUUUAGCCCACGAGAAUUUUUUUAUCGAUAUGCCGGCCAUAUUGAACAUGGCGCCAUUUUUAGCAAUUUGGGUGUUUUACUAAUUGUGCUUUUUUACUUAUAUUUUUAUGUAUUCAUGGUAAUAAAUAUUUUUUACAUUU